AGAAACCAGAAAAAAAUGGCACUGAGAAUGUGGGCUUCCUCUACAGCAAACGCUCUCAAGCUUUCAUCUUCUGCCUCCAAAUCUCAUCUCCUUCCACCUUUCUCCAUCUCCAGAUGCUUCUCCUCAGUGUUGGAAGGUUUUAAGUAUGCAAAUUCACAUGAGUGGGUGAAACAUGAAGGCUCAGUGGCUACUAUUGGCAUCAGUGACCAUGCCCAGGAUCAUUUAGGAGAAGUUGUGUUUGUGGAGCUGCCUGAAGAAAAAAGUUCAGUGACCAAAGCAAAUAACUUUGGAGCUGUGGAGAGUGUCAAGGCCACAAGUGAGAUAAUAUCUCCAAUCUCCGGUGAAGUCAUUGAGGUCAACACAAAGCUCGCCGAUUCACCUGGCCUGAUCAACUCAAGCCCUUAUGAAGAUGGUUGGAUGAUAAAGGUGAAACCAAGCAACCCCGCAGAGUUGGAAUCCUUGAUGGGUCCAAAGGAAUACACCAAGUUCUGCGAAGAGGAAGACGCUGCUCACUAGCGGAUUCUUCACCUACAGUUUCGAUCUUUUCACUUGUCAAUGUUUCCUAUCUCUGUAUCAGAUUUGUAUCUCUGUAAUACUAAUUUGGUUAAAGAUCAUUCAGUGACUCACAAUAAAGCUUUUAACUUUUAAAUAACACAAAGAAAACUUUAAUUGAUUUUCAAUCAUAUUGUUGAGAAGAGAAAAAACAUUAACAUAUCACAAGGGUCUAACUUUCAAACAAAACCCAAGUCGGUAUGCAUGAAAGGAAAAGACUUUGAUCUGUACAAUUACUCCUAUCAGACAGCUACAGCCGGUGAAGGAGAAGGUGAAGGUGACUCGUCGUAGGAGAUGGAAAUCAACUCUGACCUGAGCUUUUCCGCAUCUUCAGAGUUUCUUUUAGUGACGACUCCGUUUGUUAUAGUGCUGACGACAGGUCUCACAUCUGAGGACGUUAGAGACUCUUCAACCUCCUCCGGUGAAGUGUAGGAGAUGGCGAUGAGAGACUCGCGAGCUUGUUCUUGAGAGAUAUCGUGACUCGGUUGUUCCAUCAAACAAUCAAUGACUUUACGCGCACGCUUUCUGCAGAUUUGUAGCAGAGGAACAAAACCCAUCUUUACAUUGUUUUCGACAACCAAUGUAUAUAGAAAACACAAUUUACAUUACACGAUAGUUGAAAACCCAAAGCUAAGUAGAAAGUAUUGACCAAGCGAAAUGAAGAAAUUACAUAGAAUCUUAAGACAGAACAUAUGUUAAAAGGUUAGAGAUUUACAUUUCACAUAACGUAUCAAUCAAUAUCACUAACAAACAAAUCGUAUAAACUAAACCCAGAAACAAAACCCUUAAACUCCCUGACCGAGUUAAAAAUUAAACCUCCAAAAUAAAGUCAACGUGAUUUCUAUUUUUUUUUUCGCUUUUUUUUUUUGCAUGCGAUUUUCUCGGAUGGAAUCAGUAAAUCAAAACAUGUUAAAAACCAACGAAUUAUCUAAAUUAUAUCUUUAUCUCCGAACAAAUCUCUCCUUGUUCCUCUCGAAAUUUCCGAAGAAAAAAAAUUAAACCAAAAAAUUCGAUACAAUUGUAGGACAGAAGUAAGAGAGGAAGACAAACAGAAAAUGAGAUCGAUGAAUCCGAGGAAGGGCGAAGGGGACGGAGGAAGAGAGAAACGUACCUCUUUGAUUCGUACUACGGCAAUUCUUAACGUAGACAGAAUUAGAUAACUGGUUUUUGGUUUUUAUUGCCCAUUUUUAUAUUCCACGUUUUUUU